AUGCGUGCUGCUCCUCCACCUCCACGCGUCAAUAUCCCCGAGGGCAACGUCCCUGGCAUCGUGGUUGACCAGGGAGGGCAGGGCGGUUGGCACACGACUAGUGGGCUCCCCUCACUCAACAUGAGACCCACUCGCGCGCUUCCCUCACUCGCAUCGACUGGACGUCUGCCUGGACUUCCAUCUCGCCCGAAACUCACACUUGCUUCCGUCACCGAGCCGGCUGUCCCAACCCUCGCCCAGACUUCCACCGCACCCAUACUCGCGCUGUCCACUCUCUCGCCCGGGAUGAUUCCUGGCAACCGGUCGAUGUCGGUGCCCACUCCGGCAUCGGCUGGUCUCCCACGACUUGUCAUUGAAGGGCAGCAGCUCAUGGAGCACGAUGAAGACGGUGUGAGCGGCAUUUUAACACCAAGGCCAGGCACCGAGACCGUGAGGCCCAAGUCAGGCGGGGCCCGUUCACAGGUCCAGAGCGACGGGCAGAUGGGAAAGAACGACGAGCAGAUGGAACAGAUUCGCGAGGGAGUGCAGCGGUUCAACCGCACCACAACGCCAAAGCCUCCGAUUGCACGUGACAUGGCCCUGAACUCCUCAACUCCUGAUCCACACCUCAGUCAAAGCCAUGGCAGUCGCAACAGCAGCCGGCCGUCGUCGAUUUACGACAACGAGGUUACUGCUAUUGAUGCCUCGGAUCUUGUGGUCAUCAGAAGCUUGGGAGAGGGCGCUGGUGGCGCUGUUGAACUGGUGCGAUCCAUGAAGAACGGCUCGAUCAUGGCUCGCAAGACCAUUGCACGCACACCUGACCCUGCUAUCCACAGGCAGAUUGUCCGUGAACUGGCUUUCCUAUCGACGACCUCGUCUGAUUACAUUGUGGAGCAAUACGGGGCCUUCCUCGCGGACCAUAACACGCAGAUCUGCAUCCUCAUGGAAUACUGCGAGGCCGGCUCGCUCGAAACUAUUAUCGGUAGACUCCAGGCGCGCAACCUGCGGUGCUCGGAGCACGUGCUAGGUUACAUCUCCCGAUCGGUCCUCCGCGGCCUCGACUACCUGAAGGGAAGGAACAUUAUCCAUCGCGACAUCAAGCCGAGCAACAUCCUCGUCACGAUCGAUGGCGAAGUCAAGCUGUGUGACUUCGGCGUGUCGGGCGAGCUCGUCGAAUCGCACGCCGGGACCUACACGGGCACGUCAUACUUCAUGGCACCCGAGCGCCUUAACAAUCUACCCUAUUCGAUUGUCUCGGACGUAUGGUCGUUCGGCCUGACGCUGUACGAGGUCGCGCAUCUCAAGUACGCUUAUGGGAAGCGCAAUCUUGGCCCCAUCGAGUUGAUCCAACACGUCCUUGAACCUGCGCCGACCAUGAUCGACAGUCCAGAGAUCGGCGUGAUCUGGUCAAAUGAUAUCCGCGGAUUUAUGGCCCUGUGCCUCACCCGCGAUCCCACUGAGCGCCCGAAGCCCGCAGAACUGUUAGACCACCCCUUCAUCGUCCGCAUCGAGGGUAAGAACAUCAAGAUGGACAAGUGGAUUGAGAGGUUGAUGCAGCCUGUGCCUCCGCCUGCAUCUGUGCCUGCGUAA